AGAGGAGAGAGAGAGAGAGAGAGAGAGAGAGAGAGAGAGAGAGAGAGAGAGAGAGAGAGAGAGACGAGCUGUAGUUUUGCAGCAUGUGCCACCUUCGGCAGGCUCCGUUUAAACACUCAUUUUUUAGGGAGAAACAUUCACUGAUGUGAAAAUAAUAAUAAUAAUAAUAACACUAAUAAAUCUCUCCCUCUCUCCUGGAAUAAUGUGGAGCUCUCACGACACUGUUGGAUUUAUUUUACUGGUCGGAUUGUGUGUUCAGUUGGGAUUCUCCUUUGAAGGUCGCUUCACGGAUCUGCCCUCGAACAUGACGGUUAAAGAGGGACAGAACAUAGAGAUGGCGUGCGCUUUCCAGAGCGGAACUACGUCCGUUUAUUUGGAGAUCCAGUGGUGGUUCGUCAAAGCGCCAGAACCCACUGAUAGCGAGGAAGACGUCAAUGCUGAAGAGAUGGAAAUGAUACCUGAGCCUGAUCCUGAUGAUGAGGGAACAAAAAUAAGUACAGUGAAAGUCCAAGGCAACGACAUCUCUCACAAGCUACAAAUCUCCAGAGUCAGCAAGAGUGAUGAAGGACUGUACGAGUGCCGGGUGACACGUGCCAACUAUGGCGAGAUUGUGGAGUACAAAGCCCAGGCCUGGUUGAAGGUCAAUGCCACAGCAAGGCCACGACGACCACAGACACCUGCCAAGAAAAGCUCUCCACUGCACCUGACAGACAAGAAGCCCAGAAAGUCCGGCUCUACUCCAGGCCAUGACGGCAUGAGUUCAGACCAGAGGGUGGCUUCCACCUCCUCUGCUCACACAUCUUCAAAUACAGCCAAAUACAACAAUGGCUCAGGUGCAAGAAUAUCAUCGAACUAUGGACUGGCUGUCUUUCUUCUGACUUGUGGUUUGGUGAGGGAUGGCUUGUUGUAAAUUCAAGAACUGACAUGGUUUGCAAACAGAUCUCGAUUGCUUACUCUCAAAGUGCAUGAGAGUACUGCCUGUUUCUUUUCUCCACUAUGCGGACAGCACAGUUGGCCCUCAUUGGCCCUCAAUCCUUUUCUUGCACCCAGUACAUUGCUAUUAGCCACUGUUAGCACCAUUCAUGUUUAAAGCAGUUGGAUUACCUUUUGUACAGAUCCCAACACUACCUGCGGUGUGAAAUGUGAAAACGGACUCAGUGGCUUGUUACAAAACUCUCAUGGAAGAAUACAGUUUUUAUGGUUUUGCUGUAACAGCUCACAUGUUCAUUGGUCAAAAGUGAACAGAAAAUGGAGAACCUAUCUUUGUGUAAUAUAUGUUAUUCUAGAUAUAUAUCUGUUUUAUUUGAAAUGCCUACAAUUUCUGUAUGUGCUGUAUACAUAGCGGACACAUAGAAUUUCAUUGUGAGUACUUAAUUGGUCCCUGUCAAAGAAUAAGAAAUGGGAGAAAUCAAAUUCAUUGUUAAUUUAAACUGUUAAGCACCAUGCAAUGGUUAUAUUUUGCUUUUAUUAUUUUGAUGUAUUGGCCACUCAAACCAUCUGUUCUGAUUUUUGAUGUGAAACAAAGCAGCCAUGUUGUUAAAGAUGCAGGUGUGCAUGCUUAUUUUUCUGAAAGCUUCAAAGAGAGCCUCAUCAGCAUUGUUCCAAUGGCAUCCAUGAAGUCAACACUUGGAGUUAAGUGUUACUGUAUGUUAAAUCAAGCUUUAUUUUUAUGUGCAAGCUUUGGUGUGAAAACAACUGUCCUUUGCUGUUUUUAUUUGCAUUGCACCCUGAGUAAGAAUAAAUGGAUGUCAUAAUUUG